UACGAGUAGUGACCAAAAUGAAAACUACAUUGGCAUUGAUCGCAGUACUCCUCGUACUCCAAAACAAGAGUGUCUCCGCAAAUGUGAAUGUUUCAGAGAUUGUCUCUGCCCUCUUUCAAGCUACUUUUAAUUCAAAUGGAUUUUCGAUGGAAGUCGUUAUAAGUAAACCACUUUCCACUAAUGAAACAUGUGCUAACGAGCUCAAUAUUUCUGUUCGGAAAGACAUUGCCGUUGCUGGGGCGUACAUUCGCCAGGCAUUGAGAAUUCAACAAACUGUCGCUCAGGAAAAUUUUGAAAACCUAAGCCAACUGAAAAAGGAACUCGUAGCAAAUAUAAACAACUGCGUCGUACAAAAUGCAGACAAUAUUUGCUAUUUCUCGGCGAUGCAGCAUACUGUCCGGAAAAUUAAGGCCCUUAACCAUAAUCAAAUACCGGUUGACAAUGCACAAAUAUUCUUCCAUUUAGAAAAACUGUCCAGGAGUUUAGCUAUAGAAUUUGCGAAAUAUAAUGUUUGCUUAUUGCAACACCCGGAAGUUACAUCUCCAAAACCACAAGCCUCGUCAGAAUCCACAGCUUCUUCGCUGAGCACUGAUUCAGAACCUCCAGCCUCUUCACUGAGCACUGAAAAAGGAAGUUCUGAUUCCUCAAGGUCAGAAGAGACCACAGCAAGCUCAUUACUUCUUCCACAAAUUUUAUGAAAUACAAAUAUUUUCAAGAAUAAGUGAAUUGUGCUACAUUUCCGUAACAAAAAGUGAAUUACUAUUUCAACA